AUGUUCCUUGCAGCCUUGUCCUUUGCCUACUUUGCCAAGGCUUUAUCCGGCAGCUACAUGAAGAGCACAAUUACACAACUAGAAAGGCGGUUCGACAUCCCCAGUUAUCUGAUCGGCAUCAUAGAUGGGAGCUUUGAAAUAGGGAAUUUGUUGGUCAUUGCCUUUGUGAGCUAUUUUGGUGCCAAACUCCACCGACCUAAGAUCAUAGCAGUCGGAUGUAUCUUGAUGUCUUUUGGGACCUUCUUGAUCGCGACGCCUCAUUUCAUCAUUGGCCGCUAUAAGAUCGAAACAUCAGUUAGAUGGUCUGUGAAUUCAACCAAUAACCUCUCUCCAUGUCCAGCAAGCUCACCUGAGUCCACCAGGGCAGGUGACAGACCUGCUAUACUGCCCUCUAGAGGCUGUGAGCGAGAGUCCAGUGUUUCAAUGUGGAUCUAUGUGUUCCUUGGAAAUGUCCUGCGUGGGAUUGGAGAGACUCCAGUACAGCCUCUGGGAAUCUCCUAUAUUGAUGAUUACGCACAAUCGGAGAAUGCUGCCCUCUAUAUUGGAUGUGUCCAAACCAUAUCAAUCAUCGGUCCUGUCUUUGGGUACCUGCUGGGAUCGCUGUGUGCCAAGAUCUACGUUGACAUUGGCUAUGUGGACAUGGAGACGGUGACUAUCACCCCUGGUGAUGCCCGCUGGGUGGGGGCGUGGUGGCUGGGCUACCUGAUCGCUGGAACCAUCACCCUCAUGUCUGCGGUUCCUUUCUGGUUCCUGCCUAAAUCCCUGCCCAUGCCUGUGGAUAAACACGAUACCAGCUGCACUCCAGAGCAAACAAGGUUCAUCAAAGACUCCCCAACCAUGGAGCACAAGUUCAGACCUGAGGAGCCGGCUAACUUACAUCAGAUGGCCAAAGAAUUUGUGCCCACAUUGAAGAAUCUCCUUGGAAAUCCUGUGUACAUCACUUUUUUAUGCGUGACCAUCAUUCAGUUCAACUCUCUUAUCGGGAUGGUCACCUACAAACCCAAAUACAUCGAGCAACACUACGGCCAGUCAGCGUCAAAAGCCAAUUUCCUCAUGGGCACGAUCAACAUCCCGGCUGUGGCCCUCGGUAUGUUCUCUGGAGGGGUUGUCAUGAAGAAGUACAAGCUGGGUAUCAUGGGAGCAGCUAAAUUUGCCUUUGGGACCUCGUUGCUGGGCUACUUCCUGUCGCUCAUUUUCUUAGCCAUGGGCUGUGAGAACUCCAAGGUGGCAGGAAUCACAGUUUCAUAUACCGGAGUGGAAAGCUUGUCUUAUCAGGAACAGUCUCUCUCCUCUGACUGUAACUUGGCCUGCUCGUGCUCAAGAAGUGAGUGGGACCCGGUAUGCGGAGAGAACGGCCUCACUUACAUGUCCCCCUGCUUGGCCGGAUGCACCUCCUCCUCUGGGACCGGCAGAAAUACGGUGUUUGACAAUUGCGGUUGUGUAUUGCUGGCUGACACCCAACAAGGCAACCUAACGGCGGCUCUGGGCCAGUGUCCACGCGGAGACAGCUGUGACAAAAUCUUUCCUUACUUCCUGGCUCUGUCUGUGCUCAGCUCCUUCAUCAUCUCUCUCGGGGGAACACCUGGAUUCAUGCUGCUUGUCAGGUGCAUAAAGCCUGAGCUGAAAUCCCUUGCUCUUGGAAUCUACACAUUGGCCACUCGCACCCUCGCUGGAAUACCUGCCCCAAUAUACUUUGGAGCCUUAAUCGACACAACAUGCCUCAAAUGGGGAAUCAAGACGUGUGGCGGAAGAGGAGCAUGCCGAAUAUAUAACACCUCAGCUUACAGGAUAGUGUACCUGGGCCUGACUCUGGGCUUAAGGACAAUCUCAUUCUUCUUCUGUAUUUCAGGCUUUGCUCUACUCAAGAAACAUAUUAAAAAGGAAGAGAAAAAUGCUCUGACCAAUGGGAGUGCAGAGUUGGAGUCACUAGGGAAAGACGAGAAGAGCUCCAUACACCGUGAGCAGUUUAUACUGGCCUUGGACUGCAAUCCUGACAGAGAGACUCACUUGUGA